AUGGCUGAAAAGUCAGGGGCGAAGUACCGGCAGGAAAUUCAACAGAUGAUGUUCGUGGCCGGCGAAACGGGAGAGCCAUCAAGCGAGACAACAACACUCAUCGAACAGAUCGUCCACGAACAAGUCAUAGAAAUGCUCAAAAGAUCCACAGCUCUUGCUACUCGACGAGGCUCCCGCGCAAUCACCACCGCUGAUCUCUUUUUCCUGAUCCGCCACGACAAAGCAAAGACUUCUCGUCUGAAGACAUUUCUUUCCUGGAAAGAUGUUCGAAAGAGUGCCAGAGAGUCUGACGACAAAGGAGGCGAUGCCGCGGAUGCUGCAGUAGGGGAUGAUGCUCUCGGCGGCGUUGAUGUCGCUGGUGGACCCUCGGUGCCUGUCAGCGAACUAUCCAAAAGAAGCAAGAAGAAGGUUAAGCUUCCGUGGGACAUCUCAAGCUUCUUCACCGAACAGCUGCCGGAGGGUGAAGACGAGGAUGACGAGGAAGAGGAAGAAGCAAAUGCUGCUACCAUUGUCCGCCUGCAAGCAGCCGACAGACGUACCAAAGGCAUGACAAGGGAUGAAUAUGUUCAUUACAGUGAAUGCCGCCAAGCUUCUUUUACCUACAAGAAAGCCAAGCGAUUCCGCGAGUGGGCUGGGUUUGGCAUCGUGACUGACAGCAAGCCCAACGAUGACAUCGUGGACAUUCUGGGGUUCCUGCUGUACGACAUCGUACAGACCUUGACGGAGGAAGCGUUGAAGGUGAAGCAAGAAGAAGAUCUUAACAAGUCUCGCAACGGCGACUCGGAUGCUCAGAGCAAGAAACGCAAGAGAGAGACUGGACUGUUUGACCCGCCUGAGGAGGGUACGACGCCCGUGACUCCGAAACAUGUCAGAGAGGCUUUCCGAAGAUUGCAGGAGAAGCCCAUCCCAGGCAGAGUGAGGGUUUGGAUGGGUGGUCCCAGGGCUUUGCAAAGGACUGAGUUGAAGUUGAUCUGA